AUGGGUGUGGAUCCUCCUUUGAUGAAAUGCGACGUAAAUCAGACAUGCGUGGAUACAACAAAUGCUUUUGUAACUGGUCAAAAAAUUUCUACAAGAGAAGAGGCGAUAAGUUGGAUUAGGGAGGUUGGAAUCAGGAAUAAAGUGACAGUUAUGAUAACUCGUUUAGAUACCAAAACAGUCAAGAGAGGAAGAAGUGACAAAUUAAUAUUUGGUUGUGAUAAAGGUGCAAAAUACAAAAAAAAAACAGAUAGUGAAACCCAAAGUGCUAGUAAGAGAUGUGGUUGUCCUUUCAAAAUCAGGUCAACACCGUCGAAAGAUGGUUUUGGAUGGAAGAUCGAUGUAAAAUGCGGAGUACGCAACCACAACUUACCUGAUAGAUUUAAAGGUCAUGCUUUCAGAAAACGCCAUGUUCCACCAAGACACAUAUUAUUGUCAUUGCAAGAGCGUGACCCGGAGAAUGUCACUCGAAUCACGCAAAUAUACAAACAUAAGAGUAAGAUACAAAAAGACAUGAGGGGUCCCAGAACAGAAAUGCAACAAUUGCUCAAGUUGGUUGAAGAAUCAGGUUAUGUUUACUGGAGUAGGAAAAAGGAUGAGUCAGAAGUUGUGAGAGAUAUUUUCUGGGCUCAUCCAGAAUCAGUGAAGAUGUUGAAUAUGUUUCCUAUUGUAUUGAUUAUGGACUGCACAUACAAGACAAACAAGUACAGCAAACCGUUGUUUGAAAUAGUUGGUAUGACAUCAACUAAAUUAACAUUUGCUGUUGCAUUUGCCUAUAUGGAAUCUGAGCAAACAGAGACUUUUUGUUGGGUAUUGGAUAAGUUGAAACAGUUAUUUAUUAAGCAGGAUUUUUGUCCUCAAGUAAUAUUGACUAAUAGAGAUCUUGCUUUAAUGAAAGCCAUUGAAACAGUAUUUCCAAAGACAACUAAUUUGCUUUGUCGAUUUCACAUCAACAAAAAUGUGAAAUCAAAGUGUAAGGAGUAUGUUGUGGAUAAUAUGCGAGAAACUGUGGAGAAAAUGUGGUAUGAACUUAUAAGGGCUAGUGAUGAGAUGGAGUACCACCAAAGAUCGAAACAACUUGAGGAUGCAUGUGUUGACUCCAAAGAUUUUAUUGAUUAUGUGAUUGACACAUGGUUGACACCGCAUAGACAUCGAUUUGACGAAGAAUGGAUCAAUCAAGUGGUGGAGUCUGCGCAUUGGAAACUUAAGCAAAUGUUAGAGAAUAGCUUAGGUGAUUUAUGCAAAUGUUGGGAGGCUAUGAAUGACAAUAUCAAGAUACAAGUGGGCAACAUCAGAGCUUCAUUUCAGAAGAGUUUUUAUGAAGUUGAGCAUGCACACACUAGUCCUUUUUAUUCAAAUUUGUGUGGUUCAGUAUCAAGAUCUGCAUUGAGGCAGAUUGCUGAAGAGUGGUUGAGGAUUGACAUGGUAGGUACAGAUACGCAAAAGUGCGGAUGUACCCAUAGAAAAUUAUAUGGGUUACCAUGUGCUUGUGAGUUAGGGAGAUAUACAUUGAGUGGUGAAGCGAUGCCAAUUGAGGCUAUUCAUAUUCAUUGGAGAAAACUAAGUAUGGAAGAUAAUCAAUAUGUAGAUGCAGAUGAUGGAUCAGAAAUAGACAUGACAAAUGCAAUCGAUGAAAUUUGGAAAAGGUGGAGGUCACUAGAUGUUGUCGAAAAAAGAGCAUUAAAAAGCAGAGUGUGUGAGAUUGCUUAUCCGACUACAACAAAGAUGUGUCCACUGCCUGAAAAAAUUAAAACCAAAGGAGGGGUUAAGAAGAAAGAGAGGAGACUUGUGGAACAUGAUGUUUAUCGUGAUCCUUUGGGAUAUGAGUAUGUUGAUCAAGCACAUUCGAGUUCUCAAAAAUCUUCAAAGAGGUUAUGUUCACAACUAUCCCAAACCUCAAAAAAUAAAGAAUUUGAUAAAUACAUUGUACAAUUUCCAGAUUACAUCAGACCAUUUAUUGAUGACAUUGUUGAUGUAAGAGAUGAUGGAAAUUGUGGGUUUAGAGCCAUUGCGUCUUUGCAUGGUUAUGGCACAAAUGGAUGGUCAAUGGUUCGUCGGGAUUUGGAGAAAGAAAUUAUAGUUCCUAGAAGCAAGUUGUAUGAGGAUUUAUUUGGUAAACGCCUUCCAACUGUGAGAUCAUCGUUGGUGAUCGAAACUUUAGGACAACAACCACCAAAUGAAUGGAUGACGUUACCUGAUAUGGGCUAUGUAAUAGCUAAUCGGUAUAACGUUGUUCUCGUCUCAUUAGGUUACCCUAGUUUGAGUUACUUUCCCAUGACGAGUGCACAUUCACCUAAUGCAUCUAUUUAA